UGUAUAAAACCUAUGUGAAAUUAUUUCUCACCCAGCAAUGACCAGGAUGCACAGAUAUGAAUUGAAGCAGGUGGUAGAAAGACUUCAGUCAUAUGUCUGAUGCACUAAAUGUUUCUGCCUAGCGUCUGUAUGCAUGUGAGGUGGUAAUGGUGGUUGAAGGCUUAUCUGUUUUGUCACCUCCUUCGUUCUGUGUCAGCACUGCUGAGAUCCAGCCUCAGCAUGAAUUUUCAGCUGAGCGUGAAUAGUUGAGUAUGUUGCACACCAAAAUACCUGUGUUGAAGGGAAAGUUAGUAGGUCACUGUGGCUAUUGUUUAUCCAGUCUUCAUCUUGCUAGCUCCAGUAUAUUUUCUAAAGCUCUCAUACAAAAAUAUGAUGUUAUAAUUGGAACUGUUCUAUAGCAACCAGAACUAAUUGCAUAAACCAUAUGUCUUUUGAACUUCUGAUGUCUUUUUUCUUGAAAAACAAAAAAGCCUACUUGCUUCUCUGCAAGGCAAACCUUACUCAUGACUUGCUUGAACUGCAGCUAAUUAGAAACUGGCAUUCAGUUAAUGCGAUAUAAACAGUGUUUAAGAGUGUUUGGGUUUAAAAUCUUACUGUGCUUGAUGAACUAAAAGCAAGUUUAUUGAAAGAUCGAUGUCUGCCAUGCACUGUAUGAUAAAGACAACUACUUAGAUUGCCAAACUGAACAACUUUGUCUUUAGUUCUGCCUCCUUUCAGCGUUAUAAAGAGAUUUACUCAGUCAACUUGACUUUGUUCCCCUCUUAAUCUGAAUGUAUUUAAAGACAAACUUUCCCUUAGCAGGUAUAGAACCCUGCUUCCUGAGCAUAAUGGUUUUUUUAUAGGUUUUGAAUGCGGUAACUGCUAAGAUACUUUAAUGACCUGAAGUGUAAUACUGUCUCUGAGGCUAGUAGUCAAAAACUGAAUUAGCUUUUUUUAAUGAUACUGGGGAUUCUUGAGUAGUUCAGUAUUUUAAAAAUCUUUGGUGGGAGGGGGGAAGAAAACUCACAGCUCAAAUUCUCUGUUAAUGUGCUGGUUUACAGUGCUAAAGCUGAAAACUCAUUUCAGGAAGCUUUCUCUUUUUUUUUUCCCUAGAAUGUAAUUAGCCAUAUUGAAUACUGUUUUUAGGUCAGAUAGAAAUGUAAAUAAAAUCUUAAGAAUUCCAGUUUUCCAAACUAGAUGUAAGAGAGCAGUCUGUACAGCCUUGAAAGUAAUAAAAAUGGUAGAAGAACUGGUAGAGCAAAGUAAGUUUUUGAGACAUAAUGUUUUUUUUAGUCAGAGAGCUGACUUGCACACUGAUUGCAAGUUCUGUAUAGAAGGCUUCAGUGAAGAUAAAUGUGUUAUGCAAGCUGGAAGUACUUCAACCGACAGGUGCUCUUGGCUUUUUUUGAGAAGUGGAGCAGUGCUUGAGAGAACGGUGAAGUGAGUACAUUGAAGUUCUGUACAAACAAGUAAGCUGUUCUAUUGACGAUUUCCAUCUACAGCCUGUGUGGUUCACAGGAAACAAACAAUCUGUGGGGUCACACUGCUUUGCUGAGAGCCAUAGAGAUCCAAAUGCAUCAUCUUGUGCACAUCACUACAGUCUCUGUAGGACAAGAGUAUUGGAGACUGCUGUUUUAAAGCAGUCUUCUUACUAAAGCUUGUCUGGACUUGAGAGAAGUCAGUUGAACCUACCUCCAGGUUUUAUUCAUGUAGUAAGCAGUUUAUCGAAUGUGUUUGCCAAUGAAUAAUGGAGAGCUUGAGAAGUUCCUGUUAUUUUUGGUUUGAGACCACAGAGAAUGACAUACAAAUUUGCACUUGAUUCCAAACCUCAGUAUUUUGUAUAAAAGGGUUAUUGAAGGUCUUUAUUCACCUAAGUUAGAAAUAAAGACCAGACAUGAAGUCAGCUAAGCAUAUGGACCUUGGUAGCAAACUGACGUGAAAAGUAAUGUGCACCAUUUUGAAACAGAAGAAGUUUUAUAGUACAUCUUUCUAAGUCCUGGAUGCAGCAGCCUUAGGAAACCUGUCUUUUUUUAUCAAGUUUAGACUUACCUCAUCUGCUAACUGUGGGCAAGAAGGAUCUCUUCACUAACAGCAGUCUCAAGCUAUGGCAGUCUUCAGGAGCCUUUCUAUUUGUUCCUGUUGUGGUUAUGUUUCACAUCUGGACAACCUGUAAUCAUCUGCAAAUGGCCUAUUAGCCUUUGUGGUAUCCUCCUAGAAUUGUUCAGGGUAAAUCUAACUGGAUUUUCAGUGAUUUAGUUAAAAUGAAGAACAGCUUCUUGGUUAUAAGAACACCCUUAUGAAAAACACUUGCAUAUUUUGUUCCUGUUACUCCAGUUGAUAAAUCCUUGACUCUGUUUGCCCUUGUAUGUUCAGUGGUACUUUUAAACAGCUGUUGCAAAGAAACUUAGUGGGUACCAUCUGCACAAGAAUGGACUGGAUUCUAACACAGUACUUUGUCAUCUUUGUACGUUUUUUUUUUCCAGUGGGCUGGGAAAGGACAUGUAAGGGGAACUGUCUUUUAGUGGUGCAUGAUCAUCUUAUGUACUGAUGGAAAAUCAACUCACUUGUAUUUCUUGUCUUUCCUCUUCUGUCUUGAAGAUUUGAAAACAUGUUUUGUGGCAUAGUUUCUUUUAGGCAUGGUGUGGUACUGGAGGUAGUUUCCAGGGUAGAUGCAGGGGUAACUAAACUGCAUUGUCUUCUAAACCUUCUUAAAAAUAAGCAUCUUAUUUCACAUAAGAAAAAUAAUUUUACAAUUGAAUUUGUAAAGAUUAGAUUGGAAUUGCCUCAAAUCCAAUUAAGCCACACUGCAUGGACGUGCUGGGAAUAUAAAUGCAAUUACUGUAAAUUUGUACAAGCUGAUUUGUUGCAUUAUCUUGCUAAUCUAACAUACAGUACUUUUUGUGUCCAUAUUGCAGACGGCAACUCCAAACUAACAUGGCAGUCAGACUGUGUGAUGUGGCUUCUCUGCUUAGAAGUGGUUCGUGGGCAGCAGAGCCUUGGACUGGGCAGGUAAUUGCUGCCAUGGAAACACAACUGUCUAAUGGACCAACUUGUAAUAACACAGCCCAUGGUUCAGCUACCAUAAACAAUUGCUCAUCACCAGUUGAUUCUGGGAACACAGAAGACAGCAAGACCAAUUUAAUAGUCAACUACCUUCCACAAAACAUGACCCAAGAGGAACUGAAGAGUCUGUUUGGCAGCAUUGGGGAAAUAGAAUCCUGCAAGCUUGUCAGGGACAAAAUAACAGGACAGAGCUUGGGUUAUGGUUUUGUGAACUACGUUGACCCCAAGGAUGCUGAAAAAGCUAUCAAUACCCUGAAUGGAUUGAGACUUCAAACUAAGACUAUAAAGGUUUCUUAUGCACGACCAAGUUCAGCUUCUAUCAGAGAUGCAAAUUUGUAUGUUAGUGGACUUCCAAAAACAAUGACCCAGAAAGAACUGGAACAGCUCUUUUCCCAAUAUGGACGCAUUAUUACUUCUCGUAUUCUGGUUGACCAAGUCACUGGGGUGUCACGGGGAGUGGGGUUUAUCCGGUUUGACAAGCGAAUUGAAGCAGAAGAAGCUAUCAAGGGCUUGAACGGCCAGAAACCUCCAGGUGCCACAGAGCCCAUCACUGUAAAGUUUGCUAACAAUCCAAGCCAAAAAACCAAUCAGGCCAUUCUUUCCCAGCUGUACCAUUCUCCAAACAGAAGGUAUCCCGCCCCUCUAGCUCAGCAGGCUCAACGUUUUAGGUUGGACAAUCUGCUCAACAUAGCUUAUGGAGUAAAGAGGUUUCCUCCAAUGACCAUUGAUGGAAUGACCAGUUUGGCCGGAAUUAAUAUCCCUGGACAUGCAGGAACUGGGUGGUGCAUUUUUGUGUACAACUUGGCCCCUGAUGCUGAUGAGAGUAUCCUCUGGCAAAUGUUUGGACCCUUCGGAGCAGUAACCAAUGUGAAGGUCAUCCGUGACUUUAACACCAACAAGUGCAAAGGUUUUGGAUUUGUGACUAUGACAAACUACGAUGAGGCAGCUAUGGCAAUAGCCAGCCUGAAUGGAUACCGCCUUGGUGACAGAGUAUUGCAGGUCUCCUUCAAAACAAACAAAACGCACAAAGCCUAACAAGUUACUCUCAGUGCAUUAAUACAUGAAAACUAUACAACAAAGGCAAUUUACAAGAAGCUUUAUGCAUUCGUAAAUGCCUUUGUUGUAUGCCAGCGUGGAAAUGGGGAUAAAAUGACUACUUAGCAUCCUAAGAAUAUGUGAGAUUUUUUUAUUGCUAAUAUUUGAAUUAGAACUUCUUAACUAUCUUUUGUGUUUGAGUAUUGACAAGAGGUACAGGGUUUUUACCUGUCACAAUGCGUAUUCUAUUGCCUUCUUUGAAGAAGGUGGACCUUUUAAAAUGUUUCAGCUAAGGGAAGAAGUUUCGGUUUUUUUUCUUUUUACAUGACUGCCUUUAACCUAUGAUUAAAUACUGAGGCUUUGUGUAAUACUAUAAAUUUUCUUUAGUCAUUUCUUGAUUUGCUUUGUGUUUAAUUUACAUUGUAAUGCAUUAUUGUUUUGUUUUGUUAAGAAAAGUAUCUGAAGUUUACAUUUUAUUUAUAAAGUUAUAAGCAGUAUUUAUUUCAUCAUCUUCAUUUGGGUUGGGGAAUGGGAACACAUUAUAAAAGCUUAUUGUAAGAAUACUGGAGAACUUUUCGUAAAGCAGUACCUUGCCAAAGAGAUAAGAGCCUCUUUGAUGUGGGUUUAAAAAAGCAUCUAUUUUUAUAAAAAAAUAAAAAAUUUGGAGAAACUUUUUACUGGUCCUGGAACAAAUAUUUUGACUUGAAUACUUUGAGAAAUCUCUUCGUAUGACACCUAGUGAGCUUUUAAAACUUACCAGGAAAUUUGCAAUUGUUGGGAAAAAAAUUUAGAAAGAUUUAUGAUGUAGAACUACUUUUGAGACCUUUGUAUUAAGAAGUAAAGUCAAUGGGAUGCACUGUUGGUUUCAUUUUUUGUAAUCAUCAGUGGAGUCAUUGAUCAUCCUGGUUAUUAAGUGAUAGGUGGCUCACUUUAAUUUGUGAUUUUGAAACAAAUGAAAAUUUAAAAAAGAGGAUAUAAGAGCAAGCAGAAAACUUAAAACACUGAGAUAUGGGGGAAAAAAAAAUCUGUUCUUCCUAAAGAAUUCCCUUCAGAUAGAGCUCAUGGUGUUUAGUGAUGUACUUGCUAUGGUUUGAAGAAUUGUUUUGUCUUACGAAAGACAUUGAGCAUGGUUUGUGCAGUAGCAAAUCAGCAGAAGUGGCCUGAGUUGGACACGUUAGGAGGUAUUUUGAAAGUUAUGUUCAAGCCUAACACCUGAGCUUUGUGUAAUGUAAAUAAGACCUUAAGUUAUGAACCUUUCAGCUAAUUUUGAUUAUAGUUUAUUUUUAAGUUACAUGCCAAGUGAUGUUCAAUUUUGAAUGUUUUUAUAUAAGUUUUUUCUUUGUAAAUGGCAUUAACAUUGUUACUUGAGGUCUGCUUCUUUUUUUCUCUUCUUUUUUUCUUUUUUUUUGUCCUGAGGACUUGAAUUUACAGUGCAUCUGAUCUGUUGCUAUUUUUGUCUGUAGAUAGUCUAGCUUCAACUGUUUAUGGUGAUGCAACAUUUUUGUUUAUAAAUAUGUUUGUGGUAAAAGAACAAGUAUAAACAUAUGUUUUGAGCAAAUUUCCUUACAUUUUUCAUAUGAAAACCAUAAAUACCUGUAUGCUAUUGAAGUUUAACUUUGUAUGAUGCUUAAAUCACUAUUUGGGGAAAUAGAAAAAGUCUUUACCAUGUAUUGAAGAAAUUUAAGGAAAACAAAUACAGAAUAUUUUCUGAUUAGCAUCUAGCUUAUAAUUAAAUUUUUUUAAAAAAAGCUGAAGGUUUGAUGCCUUCACCAGGAUGCACUGACAACUAUGUAGUUACGUCCUGCUUUUUGUAUAAACUGAGAUGCUCAUACGCUUCCCCUUAGAAAAAGCAAUGUUCUAUGCAUACCAUAGUUGUACACUAUCUUUGCAGUUGUUUUUGGUUCUUAUUCUUUUCAAUUGUAGUUACAAAAUUUUCAGUAUAGUACAGUACAUAUACUGUGAAGCCGUGCUAAAGUGAAUAAGCAAAUUUUCAUGCUGACCCACUCAAUGCUAUUCAAAAGUCAAUUGGCUUCCUGAGUACUUCUUCAUUCUUAGAUGCAUUUAGAUUGUUAAAGCUAAUCCUCUGCAUUAAAAGUUGUAUAUAGUAUAGAAAUCACAAACUUUCCGAUGUGGGAGAAAUAGUAGCUACAUGCUUCUUUCCUAUACUACUGUAGCAACUAACGGCAUUGAUGAGAAGGCAUGUAAAUUGGGCUUCACUUUACAGUGUUUAUCAGAGCACUAAGUAACAUAUAAGGCUGGUAUUUAUUUGAAGUUGUAUAGUAUGACUUAAUUCACAUUUGUCGGAAUAGAGAAUAUAUUCUGUUGGGUAUUUAAGAGGUUGUACAUGUUUUCUUUUGUGUUUGGAUUCUUUGUACUUUUUCAUGUUCAGUACAUCAAUAAACAAAGUUGAAGGGAAAACAGUCUCAUAA